UUUAGGUCGAGCACGCUGAAUGUAGUUUAUGUGUUACCAUAGAAACAAAGCAAUAGUCGCUUCCUGGUUCAGUCACGCUUACGUGAGGGUGCUGUGUUUGGAAUGUGAUAAAUUGACACCCAGGUUUAAUUUCCCAUACAGUUUUAGAUUUAUAUGCUAGCAGUGUUUCCAAGGCUAGUACGCUAGUUUGUUUUUGGUACAUAAAUGCCCGUGUUACGUUUUGCUUCCUGAGCAAUAACAGUGUCAAUGUACAGUUGCUGUCUUCUGCAGUCGUAAGUGACAACGGUUUUCAAUAUACUUAGGGACGUUUUGAAAACCAAUUUCACUAGCAGUGUGUGUAAGUCUGUAGUAUUUUUGUCAGGUUUGAACGUAUUUUAAAUCUUUAAACAGUGGCGAUAUUUAGAUCCGACACUGUUUCGAUCAAUUGAUUGGACCCCUAAAGGUUUAACGUUCCUGUAUUCUAGUACAAGGGAGGAAUUUCUAGAGCGUUCUCGAACACAGGACGUGAAAGAUCAAUGACGUUGAUGUAUAUCCGGGUUUCCUUCGGGUUAUUUUUUUUACACAGUAGCACUGGCAGUGCAAUGAGAGGAUAACUUUCUAGACAGUCAGCACAUAUUAAUAAUAAUAAUUAAAUAAACUAAUACCCCAAUGAUGCAUACGCUAAACCGAGUUACAGGCGGACCAUUUUAAAACACGGCAGCUUUUGUUUCACGUCAAAGUUGGUCUUGCACUUAAGCGUGCCAGAGAGGUUUGUAAUGUUAAGGAUUGCGUGAGAAGUAGCCGUUCUGCCUGGCUAUAUUUAUAGUACAGUUUGAAUUCUCUUUUGAGACUAACUUGAAGGCAACAUUAGGAGUUGGUGUACCCGUUUUAAACCAUCUGGAUGAUGUCUGGAUUACAGUGUGGUUAACCACACGGCAGUUGAUGACAGAGAACGUGUGCCACAAGAGAAUACAACUGGACAUUAGAUAUUCGGACAGACGCAAAAUGAACGCUGCGGCGAGUGAUUCCGAUUCCUCCGUGUCGAUUGCAGGAACUGGAGAAAACGGGAAUGACACACCCUUGGAAUGCAGAGAGGAUACAAAACACACAGAAGUGAUGUGUCUGGGGAGUGUUAAUGAAGUGAAAAGCAGAGCUGUGGUAAAGUACUCCACGGCUCCACCUCCAACAACCUACGCGCUUCUUCAAGAGAAAACUGACCUGAAGCUCCCACCUGCCAACUGGCUUCGUGAAAGUACUGAGCUCGGACCAGUAGGCACGACUAUUCUGGGCUCUAGCAGUAAAAGCAAACCCUUUUCAAGCUUUGGAAUGGCGUAUGACUUUAUUGACUCAAUUGGAAAUGAUGUGGAUGUUGUUUCUGAUUCUGAGAACAUUAAAAAGCUUCUCAAGAUCCCGUACAGCAAGUCUCAUGUCAGCAUGGCUGUUCACCGCGUGGGACGGACUCUCCUACUUGAUGAGCUGGAUAUUCAGGAACUCUUCAUGAGAUCUUCACAGACUGGCGACUGGAACUGGUUAAAAGAAUUUUAUCAAAGAUUAGUAGAUCAGAAGUGGCAACGAAAAAAGAAGAGCAAGGAGCAGUGGUACCAAAGGGCUAUUCUUUCCAAGUUUCUGUACUACAGUAUUAAUGGCAAUGGGGCUGCAGAGCCUGUACCGGCUGCUACUGGGGAGCCUACACAGAGAGAGGAUGAGGGCCCUGAAAGGGACGAAAUGGGCCCUUCAUGGCCUGCACCUUUGGAAAGCUCAACGUCCGUCUCUGAGGACACAUCUGCUCCCAAACAAGAGAGUGUACCUCUCGAGAACACAUUUGCUCUGGGGCAUGUAUCCUCAACCCCCAAAGAGCAAAACCUUACUACUCUUUUCAAUGAAGGGGAAAACAGUCAGGGUCUGAAAAACGACUUUGUUCGCAACAUCCUCUGGACAUUCGAGGACAUUCACAUGUUGGUGGGAACGAACAUGCCGAUUUUCGGUGGAGGUCGAUAUCCUGCUGUCAGUCUCCGUCUCCGGGAUAACAAUAAACCAAUCAACGUGCUGACUGGGAUAGAUUACUGGCUUGACAAUCUGAUGUGCAAUGUCCCCGAGCUGGUUAUGUGUUUUCAUGUGAAUGGCAUCGUCCAGAAAUAUGAAAUGAUAAAGACAGAAGACAUCCCUGACCUGGACAACUCAACCUUCUCUACCAAAGUGGUGAAGGACAUAGCACAGAACAUCUUGUCCUUUUUGAAAUCAAACUGCACUAAAGAGGGGCAUACCUACUGGCUUUUUAAAGCCAGUGGGAGUGAUAUAGUGAAGCUGUAUGAUCUCACUACCCUUUGUGAGGAUACAACAGAGGAAAAAUACCAGAACCCCUUCACUCUGCCGGUCGCUGUUCUUCUGUACAAGGUGGCCAGUAAUAUGAUGAUGAAGAAGGGUCAGAACAAAAAGCACUAUGGUACAAUCAGGACACUGCUUUUGAACUGCGUUAAACUGUUGGACCAAGAGAGACACCCACAGAUCGUUGCCUCGGCUAACUUCAUGCUGUCGGAGCUCUUCCAGCUGGACGAGCCGCAGAAGGGCGAGGACGGGGAGUCUCUGCCCAGCGGGAACUCUGAGGACAGCUACAGCGAGGAGGAGGAGGAGGAGGAGCUUCCAGAGGACAGUGACGAGAACGGCUCUUACAGCACCAGCAAGGACCCCUCUGAUGACAGCAAGGCCGUGGCCAUCAUCAAAUCAGUGGGGGAGCUCUCCGUGCCCGAGAAAUACAAGUCCACUCACCAGAUACGGCCUAAUUACGCCUGUCCUGUUUCACAUGAUUUGGAGGAACGGUGUCGGCUAGUUCUCGGCUAUGUUCUAAAGGGGCUGAAAGCUGUGGACGGCAGUAUUAAGAAGGAAAGUGAGCUCCCAGCAGCAGAUCCCAACACCCCCAUCCCACUGAAAUAUGAAGACAUCACCCACAGCGCAGUGGAAAAAGAAAUCGCCUUGUUUUUGGACAAAGACGAACCCUGUCAAGAAGACUUUGAGCAUCCAACUCGCUCAGGAAUAAUUCCAGGCUCCUGGCAAUAUAAAAUGAAGCUGCAGCUUUUUCUCAAGGCAUCCAGAGCUUACUAUGUGCUGUCAGAUGCUGCGACCAAUCUUAUGAAAUAUGGCAGAGCUUUGAGAUAUAUCAAAAUAGCUUUACAGUGCCACGACGCGUAUUGUUCUGUGAGCACCAGCCUGCACCCCGAAGUUCUGCGGUUUCACAGCCAGUGUCUGUCUCUGUGUGGGGAUAUCCAGUUGAUGUUGGCCCAAAACACCAGUAAUAGAGCAGCUUAUCUGGAAGAAUACAACUACCAGACUAAAGAUGACCAGGAAAUCCUGCACAGUCUUCACAGGGAAUCCAGCUGCCAAGCUUUUAAUAUGGUAACAGAACUAGCAACAGACCCUGAGCAUCAGCUCUCUGUCAGCUGUAAGUGCUACGAGGCUGUCCAUGACCUUGUGGUUUCUGGGGACUUCAAGGAACAGAGUCCAGAGCAGCUGAACCAGGUACUGAAGAGACUGGGCAACAUCCGGAAUGAGGUGGGCGUCUUCUAUAUGAAUCAGGCAGCCACAGUCCAAACUGAGCGGGCAGAGAACAAAUCUGUAUCCAAUGCAGAACAGGAACUCUGGAAGAAAAGUUUCUCUUGCUUUGAGAAAGGCAUUAAGGAUUUUGAGGCCAUCGGAGAUGCCACCAACACUGCUCUGCUGCUGUGCAACACAGGAAGAUUGAUGAGGAUUUGUGCACAAGCUCACUGUGCGAUGGGGAGCGACCUCAAGAGGGGAGAGUUUUCACCUGAAGAGGCUUUGUAUUACAAUAAGGCCAUAGAUUAUUAUUUGAAGGCAAUGAGAUCACUUGUGAAGAGAGAGAUGCAUCCAGCUGUCUGGGAUUCUGUGAACUGGGAGCUUUCUACAACUUAUUUCACUAUGGCUACAAUGCAGCAGGAUUAUGCUCCAUUAUCCAGAAAAGCACAGGAACAGAUUGAAAGGGAGGUGACUGAGGCCAUGAUGAAAUCUCUAAAAUACUGCGAUCUCCACACAGAAUCCGCACGGCAGCCCCUGUACCAGUAUCGGGCGGCUACCAUCCAUCACAGACUGGCCUCCAUGUACCACAGCUGCUUUCGAAAUCAGGUGGGGAACGAACACCUGCGGAAACAGCAUCGGGGGCUUGCAGAGCUUCACUACAACAAAGCUGUGAAGCUGUUCCAGAUCCUGAGAGAUGCCCCCUGUGAGCUGCUGAGGGCGCAGCUGGAGCGGGUAGCUUUUGCAGAGUUUCAGAUGGCAGGCCAGAGCAGCAACUCGGCAAAACUGAAGACCCUCUCCGGAGCUCUGGAGAUUAUGACGGAGACGAAACACGCAUUCCAGCUGAUCCACAAGGAGCUUCUAGAGGAACAGAGACAGCUGUCAGAUUGCACUGAAGACUGCAGUGAUCCUAAUAAGACUGAAGGUGGCUCCUCUGCUGGAUUGAACACAGAAGAAGUGUUAAAGCUGAUCAAUGUGUUUGAACCCAGUUUGUCCUUCCUGCUGCUCCAUCUAGUGAAACUAAUGACUACAACAAAAAAGAAAAGUGGCCCAGUGGAGGAGGGAGCAUUUAAGAUCUACAAGCAGGUGUACUCUGUUUUGCUCCGGGCGGACAAGACAACACCUCUUAUCACGAGAGUGGAGCUCAUACUGGACUUGUUGGAUCAACUUGCCUCAAAACCUGGGGGCAGAGAGAGUGGAGGACAGUGAAAACAGUAUUUUAUGCCUUAGUCUGGUUUUGCUUGCCUAAAAUGAAACAUACAGACCUAUGCAUCAGUGCCUUGUCCAAAACAUUAGAUCACAUAGCUAUUGCAUCUUGGUGCUCCUCCCUACUCUUUUUUUUUUUUUUUUUCCUCUCCAGGAGGAGGUUAAUUGUGUUGAGCGUUCAGGAAUAUGCAUGAUGAAUGCUGGUUUAUUCACAUAUGUUAAGAUGUCUGUAAAAUGAAAUGUCAAACAAAUAAUUUUUCAAUGUGAAAUUUGUAACUUUUCUGAUGUGAGGACUUUGUGCAAUAGUAACUAUUCAGUUUGUUUGUUUUUUAACACUUUAAAUAAAACAAAAUGGGCCACUGGUAUUUUAAGAUAGAAAAUA